AUGACCUCGUCUGAUGGCCCGCCAUUAUCCUUGCGACCCUUCCCAGUCGCCGACAAGGCACCCAAGAACCUCGCCGAAUUCAUUGCUCGUGUCAAUACCCAGCCAGGAGGGUUUCGCGAUGUAUCCGAGAGCAAACUCCAAGAUGAAAUCAAAUCAAGGGAAAACCUCAACGGGGGCGACUCGGAUCAGGACGAUGUGGACAUGUCGGACGGAGGAGGCGUCGACGACGAGCCCGUCAAAGACGUAGCCGCUGCGCGCAUGGAGGUUUUGAAGAAUAUAGAGAUUGCGAGUAACACCGCCAUGUUGACUCUCGAUUCGCUCUCGCUGCUUCUGUCGAAACAAAGCCCAACACAGGCUGGCCUGACCCUCUCCCAGCAGUUACGAGAAAUGGUGGGAAUUGGAACCUUGGGUGCCGACAAAUUAGACGAACCGAUAAUACGCGCCAACAAGGAAAGGGAUGAUGAAGAAGUGGCCACCGGGUGGACGUUGAUGCAGAUUAACCAGGCUCGGGACGCGGCGGAGGAAGCUGGGAGGCUGUUGCAGCGAGAAGUCGAGGCUGAGAGCAAAUACUGGGAGGAUGUUGUAGCAGUAAAAACGUCCGGCUGGUCCAUUUGCAGAGUGCCCCAAGAGCGACAUACCCUCGGCGUAAAGUUUGGGUUUUCUGAAGCGGCCCCAGAGUUCAAAAACAAUGGCCUGGCGCCAAUGAGAAGAGGCGAUGGCGGCUCAGUAGAGCUUGAUCUCGGACGACUAGGUGGCAUAUCAGAGGGCUUACUAGUCACCUAUGAGAGAGACGGCAAAGUUGUUGGACGAUCUGUUCCCCGUCGACGCUCCAACGACGACAGUUCAUUGGAAUCUCGGGUUCUCGAAGCUCGAAAUACCAUCUUUUCUCAGGAGCUCUGGCACGAACUGACCCGCGAAGCUCGCACGUUAGCAGCAUACGGCGUCCGACCAGAGGGCUCAACAUUGACCUGCUCUGUUGAUGGCUCCUCCAAGAUCAUUCUUGAACUUCUACCGCUUGAUUCAUGCCCGGCAGCCGACGAUUCCUUACCCGACAACACUAUUGCAGAAACAAUCUUCAUCUCACUCCACAUCCUGCUCAGCUACGCCCAUCGAUACAAUGAGCUCAUGAGAAUUCGCCCCAUACCACCACACAUCUCUAGAUCUCGCGGGCAGCAACUUUACGCGCUACUCCGCCCCGUUAUCGCCCGCAUGGCAUCCAUCCGCUCCGUUCACUCAUGCACAACAUACAUUGGCUCCAUCGUCACAGCUCUCCAAAAGGCCGGGCUGCCAUCCUCAUUUACUCUCAAAACCACACAAUCUUCCGUCACCGAUGCUACAUCACAAGGACCAAAUCAGCAAACCGGUGCCCAAUCCCUCGUCCGCAACAUCCUCCAACCAAUAGAGUACAAUAUCAUCUUUACUAUCCUCCCAGAUACACCGGUUACAAUCCGUGGCCGAACGUUUCUCUUCCCUGUUACCACAACAUUUUACCACGUCGCACUACCGCCUUCCUCCGCUUUACAGGAUCUCUGCGCCCCCUAUUCGGACGGAUACUCCGACACCAAGGGCCUCUUCAGCUACCUCCGUACUGCGACAGAACGGGCCAUCACACUACACGCCCUGAAUACGUUAUCCUCGUCACCGAACCCAACUAUAUCUAAAUGGAUACAGAGCGGUAUCUCAAUCCAGGACCCCGAGGAUGAUUCUCGCGCGCUACAAUUCACGAUAGAGGAUGACCCUGUAGCACUGGUAGUGACUAGUGCUCCUACGCCUAAUCACACAGGCGACGCAAACUCGUGGAAGUAUUCAACCCAACCAGACAGCGAGUCUACCAAGCUCGAGGAAUUGGUGGCUCGGGAAGCAAAUCGGCCUAGAUCCUAG